AUGGCACGCGGCUCUUUUGGGGGCGCGAGGGGAAGAGGGAGGGGUGGACGUGGCAGAGGAAGAGGAAGAGGAAGAGGACGAGGUGGCGCGCCGACGGAUGCUCAGCCCCAGCGCGAAGAGGACGGCACCCAACUCGCGGAACGAUUUGAACAAGUGGAUCUCAACGACGAGGUUGACGAGAAACUUGGGUUCGCGCGCAUCUCGGAGGGACCAAGGAGAGAGGGAUGGUUGAUCAAUAUGCACCCUACACUUGUCAAAGACGCCGACUGGCCGUCAGGGAAGGCGGCUGUAGACUUCUACUUUAUACAAGACGAUGGAGGGAUGUUCAAGUGCACCCUGCAGUAUGAACCGUACUUUUACAUUGCUUGCAAGACUGGCAUGGAGACGAUCAUUGAAGAGUGGCUGAUGAAGAAGUACGAGGGCCACAUAUGCCGCAUCACUCGAGAGCGAAAGGAGGACCUACAACUGCCAAACCAUCUCAUGGGCCAUCGCCGGUUAUACCUGCAGAUCCAUUUUCGAAACGUGUCCGACCUCCUCGCUGUCAGGCGGGAUCUGAUGCCGCUCGCGCUAGCCAACAGUGCGAAACUCGAUGCUGUGGAUGCCUAUGCUGAAGUGGUGAAUUCCACAGCGAAUGCGACCACCUCAAUCGAGAUCGAGGGUGUGUGGGACGCCGAGGCAGGCCUUCUCGGGGACCCGCGCGAGGGUAUCAUCGACAUCCGCGAGUUCGACGUGCCCUACUACUUGCGAGUCGCAAUGGACAACGAGAUCCGUGUGGGUCUGUGGUAUGCAGUGACGUUCACGGCGGGACAGCCAGCAUUCAAUCAGCUCGUGGAGCGUGUCAAGCGUGCGGACCCAAUCGUGAUGGCGUACGAUAUCGAGACGACGAAGGCACCGCUCAAGUUCCCCGACCAGCAGAUCGACCAAGUCAUGAUGAUUUCGUACAUGAUCGACGGCCAGGGAUUCCUGAUCACGAAUCGUGAGAUCGUCAGCGAAGACAUCGAGGAUUUCGAGUACACGCCGAAGGAGGGGUACGAAGGUCCUUUCACGGUGUUCAACGAAGCGGACGAGGCAGCAACCAUUCAAAGGUUCUUCUCGCAUAUCCAAGACGUGAAGCCUACUGUCAUGGCGACGUUCAACGGAGACUUCUUCGACUUUCCCUUCCUCUGCGCCCGUGCCAAGAUUCAUGGCAUCGACUUGUUCCUCGAGACGGGCUUCGCCAAGGAUUCCGAAGAUGAGUUCAAGAGCCGCGGUUGUGUCCAUAUGGACUGCUUCCGAUGGGUGAAGCGCGACUCGUACUUGCCCCAGGGUAGUCAAGGUUUGAAGGCUGUGACGACAGCGAAGCUGGGUUACGACCCUAUCGAGCUGGACCCCGAGCUGAUGACGCCGUAUGCGAUGGAGCAGCCCCAGACCCUUGCUCAAUACUCCGUCUCCGAUGCGGUGGCGACGUACUAUCUGUACAUGAAAUACGUGCACCCCUUCAUCUUCUCGCUAUGCAACAUCAUCCCCUUGUGUCCGGACGAAGUUCUAAGGAAGGGAACCGGGACACUGUGCGAGACCUUGCUAAUGGUCGAAGCCUUCCGCGGGAAGAUUAUCAUGCCAAACAGACACGAAGAGGAGCACGGGAGCAUGUAUGAAGGACACCUGCUCGCAUCUGAGACCUACGUCGGGGGACACGUGGAAGCCCUUGAAGCUGGUGUUUUCCGCAGCGACAUCGAAACGGAUUUCAACAUCGAGCCUCCAGCAGUCCAAAAGCUUAUUGACGAGCUCGACGCUGCUCUAAUAUUCUGUAUCGUCGACGAAUCGAAGGCGUCCCUCGAAGAUAUCACGAACUACGGUGAAGUCAAAGGCCAGAUUCAGGCCGCACUCGAGGAAAUGCGUGAUAGCCCCAUACGGGAGGACAAGCCGCUGAUCUACCAUCUCGACGUUGCAGCCAUGUACCCGAACAUCAUGUUGUCAAAUCGUCUCCAGCCCGAUUCAGUGGUAGACGAGGCCGUAUGUGCCGUCUGCGACUUCAACAGACCCGGAAAGACGUGCGAUCGGCGGAUGACGUGGGCGUGGCGUGGCGAGUUCUUCCCUGCCCGCCGAGACGAGUUCAACAUGAUCAAGCACGCGUUGAACCAGGAGACGUUCCCUCCCAAAAAGCCUGGCGCUCCUCAGCGCAAAUUCGUCGAUCUUACUCCGGCGGAGCAGACGGCCCUUCUUCACAAGCGUCUUGGCGACUACUCGCGCAAGGUGUACAAGAAGAUCAAGGACACUAGGGUCGAGAACCGAGAGGCUAUCAUAUGCCAGCGCGAAAACCCCUUCUACAUCGACACCGUACGUCGCUUCCGUGAUCGUCGCUACGAGUACAAAGGGUUGCACAAAACGUGGAAGAAGAACCUCGACGCCGUCCUGGUGGAGCAGCGGUCGAUCGCUGAAGUCGACGAGGCCAAGAAGAUGAUCGUUCUCUAUGAUUCCCUUCAGCUUGCCCACAAGUGUAUUCUCAACUCGUUCUAUGGAUACGUCAUGCGCAAGGGUGCUCGUUGGCACUCUAUGGAGAUGGCGGGCAUCACUUGCCUGACGGGCGCGACUAUCAUCCAGAUGGCCCGGCAGCUUGUAGAGCAGAUCGGCCGCCCCCUCGAACUCGACACUGACGGUAUCUGGUGUAUGCUUCCCGGCAUCUUCCCAGAGAACUUCCAGUUCAAGCUGGCGAACGGCAAGACGCUAGGCAUCUCGUACCCAUGCACGAUGCUCAACCAUCUCGUCCACGCCCAAUUCACGAACCAUCAGUACCACGACCUCGACCCCGUAACGGGAGAGUACAAUGUUCACAGCGAGAACUCUAUCUUCUUCGAGCUCGACGGUCCCUACAGGGCUAUGAUCCUGCCGUCCUCGAAGGAGGAAGAUAAGUUGCUGAAGAAGCGUUACGCCGUCUUCAAUGACGACGGAUCUCUCGCUGAACUGAAGGGCUUCGAAGUGAAGCGUCGCGGGGAGCUGCAGCUUAUCAAGAUCUUCCAAUCGCAGAUCUUCGAGCGAUUCCUGCUCGGGGAGACGACUGCAGACUGCUAUGCUGCUGUCGCACAAGUCGCCGAUCGCUGGCUGGACGUUCUGUUCAGCAAGGCCGAGAACCUUCCGGAUGAAGAGCUGGUCGAGCUCAUCGCUGAGAACAGGAGCAUGUCGAAGACCUUGGUGGAGUAUGCGGGGCAGAAGUCGACGUCUAUCAGUACAGCGAAGCGUCUAGCUGAAUUUUUGGGAGACCAAAUGGUUAAGGACAAAGGCCUCGCUUGCAAGUUCAUCAUCUCCUCGCGUCCCCAAGGCGCGCCAGUCACCGAGAGAGCUGUUCCUAUCGCAAUCUUCUCUGCCGAAGACAGCGUCAAGCAGACUUACCUUCGCAAGUGGCUGAAGGACAACAGCCUCACCAACUUCGACAUUCGAUCGAUACUGGACUGGGAGUACUAUAUCGAGCGCCUCGGGUCCGUCAUCCAGAAGCUCAUCACUAUCCCGGCAGCUAUGCAGAAGGUCAACAAUCCAGUCCCUCGUAUCAAACACCCUGACUGGUUGCAUCGACGUGUGGUGGCGAAGACGGACAAGUUAAAACAGCGCAAGGUCACUCAAUUCUUCAUCACGAAGCCUGACGAUGCACCACCCGACGAUAUUGAAGAUGCCGGGACUAAGGCGGUUGUCGUCAGCGGCCGACAGCGACUAACAGUCGUGACUCGGAAGCCACCCCCGCGGGAAGAGAGCCCGGAGCUCAUCGAGGAAACACGAGACCUGCCUCACCCGUCAGUAGAUUACCGCGGGUUCAUCGCACGCUUGGGUGUCACCUGGAGACGUCGGGCCAGAGGGGAGGGUGACACCUCUGUACCAAAAAUGUUCUCGGGCGUCCAGCCCAAGACGCGAAUCAACUCUAAAUGGGACAUCGUCCAGUUCCGCCCAACGAGGGUUCCCGGUCGGUUCACUAUGUGGCUUUCGGUUGGCGGGGACCUUUUCUCUAUCCCUCUUCGAAUUCCGCGCGAAUUCUACAUCCAUUUACGCAACCCGGCAAAGGCGGGUCAGUUCAGCAAGGACAUGUACGCAUGCGACAAGGUCGUCCGCGGAUUGCCGAGGGAUAAGCCAUGUGCGAACCUGUACAAGAUAUCUGUGCGCGAGGAGACGUACAUCGAUGGUCAGGAGCACUUCAUCGACCUGACGAAUGAUCCGAAUGUGGAUGGCGUCUUUGAGAUGCAGUUGCCUCUUGACAUGCGGGCCUUGCUCAGGUUGGGGAAGACAUGCAUGACCAAUGUUCUCGGCAUGGCACUCAACAAGGCGGAAACGGUCGGCUUCGACCUGGGGCAACUCGACCGGAUCAUCACAACCUCGACCAAGCACAAGUAUUUGAACGAAGGGAGGGACGGGAAGUUCAUCUUCCUGUACCACGCCUGCUCAAGCAGCGCGCCGAUACAUGUCUUCGCCCUUUUCACUCCAGGCCAAGCACGGUUGCAUAUCGUUGAUCCCGCUACUCGACGGCAGCCGAUACCGCGACUUGCUGAGGUCUACCGCGACCAGUACAGCAAACGACAGCAGACGAUCGGAUCCAGCGUUGCCUACUCGUAUCAAGAUUCAUGCGAGUUCACCAACACAUAUCACGGUACGGACGUAGCCGCCCUGAAGGCUGUCUCCCGCGAACUAGGCUUGAUGGAGAACCAGUCUUACACCGUCGUCAUCUCUUCUAGCAAGGAGCAAACGUACUUCGACGCAUAUGUUCCGAAACUGGUCAAGUUCCCGGUCGCGCACACCCUGGAUGUGUUCCCGUGGCAGACAAACGUCGCGCAGAAGAUGGUGAACCGAUAUCUCUCUUUGGGCAACUGGCUUGCUCGCGUAAUCGCGCUCGCCAACUACUAUGACGUGCCUGUCGGCCACAUCGACGGUGACCAACCCCUGCUGCUGGCGGACCACGACUUCGUUCUGUGGUGGUCGCCCGGGAACCGACCGGAUCUCGGGGGAAGCGAGGAGGACGCCCGGCCUACGGAGGAGCUGCCGAAGACGGAGUUCAUGUCUCCCGGCUGCUACUCCAACGUCUGCCUGGAAAUCACAGUGCGCAACUUGGCCGUCAACUCCGUGCUGCACUCCAUGAUGGUGAACGAACUCGAAGGAGCAGGAGGCGCGACGGCCUUCGACUCGUCGCACACCCUGGAUGAGUACUCUGGCGCAGAUACACAGCGCGACUUGACCCUCGGAGACUCGAACGUUUCUCCGCAGAUGUUCUCGAUCCUCAAGAACAUGGUGAAAACUUGGCUCCUGGACAAGAUCCAAGGCAACUUCGAGAGCCCGGCGACGAUCGCGAUUGACCACUUCUGGCGAUGGAUCAGCUCGAAGUCCUCCUGCAUGUACGACCCAAGCCUUCAUCGGUUCAUCCACGGCCUGAUGCGCAAGACGUUCAUUCAAAUGCUUGCCGAGUUCAAGCGCCUGGGCUCGCACGUCGUGUACGCCGACUUGGGCCGGAUCCUGCUUGUCACGUCCAAGCCGCCCGGCACCGCGCACGCCUACGCUACAUACAUCACGACCGCCGUGACCUCGCAUGAGUUGUUCCAACACGUCUACCUACGAACGGAGCGCUUCUAUGACUUCCUGCUGUUCAUGGACCAGGCGAACCUCGGCGGCGUCGUAUGCGAGGACCCGCUCGCGAUCGACCCUCCUGAGGAAAUCUGCAUCGAGAUGCGUUGGAACAUCGAGACCUUCCUACCCCCUGUUAUUCAGCGCGACUUCCGGAACGUCGUACGCUUCUUCCUGGGAACGAACAGGGUACCUCUGCGGGUCCUGCCUAAUGGCGCGCCGGAUGCCACUCAGCGCGACGUGGCGAAGACGCAGGAAGUCGAAGCGAGCCGCGAAUUCAUCUCCCGUAGGCUGACGCGCAAGCUCCUCAAGGCCGUCGGCAGCAUCCAGGACCGGUAUCGGGAAGCUGUGAUGGACGAGGAUGCUCUGGCACAAUGGGAAUUCCCGGUGUUGCCUGGGUCGCACUUGAACAUGACCAACCCGAUCCUUGAGUUCGUGAAGUUCUCUUGCGCAGUCGACCUCCUGAAGCGUAACCUCCUCGACCUCGUCGGUGUCCGGGAGUUCGCGAGCGAGGCUGCCUUCCACAGCCCAUGCGAGCCCCUUAUCCUGUCGAACGUGCCUUGCCGACACUGUGAUGCCCUCCGAGACUUUGACUUCUGCCGAGACCCAGAGCUCCUUCCAAACAACCUCGAGGUGAAUGCGCGGUGGCUCUGCGGUAAUUGCGGUGGCGAGUACGAUCGUACGAUGAUUGAGUUCGCCCUGAUGGACAUCGUAUGGGAUCUCGAACGACGGUUCUCCCAGCAAGACCUCCGAUGCGGGAAGUGCAAGCAUAUACGAUCCGACAACUUAUCGCGCCACUGUGGAUGCUCCGGAAGUUACCAGCUGACGACGAACAAAGCUGAUGUGCGUCGGAAGCUGCGGACUAUCGUCAAUGUAUCGAUCGCCCAUAAUUUGAAUCGUUUGAAGGAAUGCUCGCAAACUGUACUCACGCACUGGUAGCCGGAUUCUACGUACUACAUUUUACCCCAUUGUCGUCGCUGUCGUCUUGCAUCGCAUUCUGUAUUGUACUAGAUCUGUAGCAUUAGACACCACAUCUCCACGUCGACAAUUCAUUCAUGCCCGUACACUU